CACAUGCAUUUCUGUCCGAGCUACUGGAUAAUAUUAUCAUUAUAACACUAAUCAUCAUUUCUAGGAUGCGGUACCCAGAAGCAUAAGUCGUAGAAACCAAUCAGUCCAUUGACAUUCGAAAUUAGGGCUGUUAGCUCCGCUGUAUGGUGGUUGCUUACCAAACGGCAUACUAACUCCUUACGUGAAAGUCGAAUCCUCCAGGAACUCAAAACCCAAUGUAUACCCGCCAAGAGGGUUUUCACUCUUGAGAAUCUGAGAAUGCGUUUGAUUGACAGUAUCAGUCUAAUACCAAGCAGCGACGUGCUUCCCUUCAACAGUAAUCUCGAUAAGUAGUCUGUCUGAGGUCUGGGCACACGACAGUCCUGUUUUAUCGUAAUUCCUAAUUAUGGCGGCGAAAUAUCGUUGCUCAUUCAACAUGUCACUUCAGACAGUACGACUGAAGGGUCGACGAGGGAUGCUUGAGCUACUACAUAGUCUCCCGUCAGAUGAACCAAACGACAAGCCACCCCUGCUUUUCAUCCAUGGGUCAUUUUGCUCGGCACAUGAUUUCCAAAACUUUCUGCCGUACUUGGCCGACCAUGGCUACCCGGCGUAUGCUCUUUCAAUUCGAGGGCAUGGCGCAUCUUCGGCGCAGUGUUGGUUAUCGAAAAUGCUCUUCACGAACAUACACAGCUGGGUUGAUGAUAUCCAAGCCGCUCUUGCCCAUAUAGCCGCUGCUCAUCCAAAAGCGCCUCCAACAGUGCUGAGUGGCCACUCGCUUGGCGGCGGCGUGGUGCAACAUUUGCUUUCAUCUGGAGUCCUGAAGCGAGGCAGCCCCGGUGAACGUGUUGAUAUUUCUGGUUUGAUCCUCCUUGGUGCCGCACCAUUAUACGGAGGCGGUAAAAUGAUCAUGGCGAACUGGCAAAAGGUUGAAGCACCCGGGGGCUAUCCGCGCUUCUACAGCGCGCGGGGCCUGCUUCAUACGCCCAGGCAGGUCAGGGCAUCGUUCUUCAGCAAAGAGGCAAAAGAACAAACGAUCCUCGACUGGAUGAAAACCUGCAAAACUCCCAAAGAGAGCGCUCGCGCUGGUCUCUCUAUAUUCAGGCCUGUUGGAGACGCCAAAAAGGUCAUGGACGCUUUAACCGGCCUGGAGACUUCAGAAAGGACGAGAAAAGUACUUUGCAUCGCGGGUUCAAAGGACAGACUGGUUCCGGCAUCUAUGGUCCUAGACAAUGCAGCGGCCUACAAGCAGGCUGCAGUAAAAGCCGGCAUCAGUCAAGAGACCUGUAUAGCAGUGACCAUUGAAGGCUGUGCUCAUCAUUUGAUGAUGGAUGCAUAUUGGGAAGUAUGCGCUGAAGAAAUAUUGAGCUGGCUUGAGGGAGCCACCGUGUCGCAAGCAAAACAGCUAUCAGACGGAAGUUAGCAGAAUGGGCCGGGACGGAAGAUAUGAAGGCAUGAUUGUGAUAGAAGGUCUUCAGAGGAAUGGGACCUUUUGGUGCAAACUUGCAUGAUACGCUACGCUUGGCUAUUUCUUUUAACUGUCCUAAUAGCUGUAUGAUAAGAGGACUCGACUCUUUUCGAGUCACAGGGACUUCCAUAUUAGUAGUUGUUCUGUCAAAUUAUCGUGGAAGCAAAUUUCUUUCUACAAUUUGGCACUAUUACCAUUCAUUUUACCAUAAUGAAAUUCCCAGCCACGAUCACGAACC